AUGGCUGAUCAAGAAGACUUUAGACAUCAGAAUCAAUCAACGUCUAAUAUAUCUGUCACAUCCACAACUACUGCUCGACGCGCGCCUUAUCGUUCUGGAUUCCAGCCCAAGGGUGUGGUACGGUACCGUACCGAUGACUUUGUGGCUCUAAGGGAAAAGCAUCGGAAAAUUGUAGAACUCGAUGACCAAAGAAUGGAACGUCGUAUGGAGAAACUUCUUGGCAUAUAUUCUUCAAAAUUUGAACAUGAAUCUGGUAUUGACGUACCUGUCCCAUCGAGCUCAUGGUUGCGACAUGGCUCUUUCGUUUUGGAUGUCUUAUAUUCCAAGCAAGAAAAAGACAUGCAUCGUCUCCGUCAGCUUCGUCGUUCAGCUGAACAGGACGUUGUGAAGUGGCAAGAUGAUAAGCACCACCCAAAUUGUGCCCUUUGUGGCACGCCGUUUUCUCUAGCGGUUCGACGGCAUCAUUGCCGCUUGUGCGGCCUAGUUGUCUGCUCCUCACCUCAUCUUCCCUCCUUCCUUCAGAUCUCUGACGAAACUGAUAGCCUGAAAUCUUGGGAACCGUGCAGCUCUCUCAUGGUCCCUGACACUUCGUGCAAACGCCUACACGAUAUGCCUCCUCGGCCAGACCUACAUGCCUCACUGGCUGAGCAGCAAUCCUAUGGGUUGACCGAGAUCAACGCCAUCCGCAUAUGUCGAGUCUGUAAAAACACCGUCCACCGUAUCCAGUUCAGCCGUCGCUCAACCAAGAUGACGCCUCUGGAUCUUGUGUAUCAAGAACUACGAUCCCUUGAAGGGGAAAUUAUUGAAUCUUUACCUGACUUUCACGAGAUGUUUUUGGGAUUAAAGUGCGUGGCUUGCCAUCUUACGAGUAGGAACAUGGAUCUGAAAGAUUCGUCGGGCAAUCGUGCCCUUCAAGCAGACAUGGUCCAGGCGCGUAAAGAACUUUUGGCGAGAUUCACGCGCUAUGAACAGCUUGCCAAACAAAUUAUGGACUUGCCUCCCUUGGUGGACGGACUCAAGUCCCCUACACAAAAGCGCUUACACGAGGCAAUCCUUGCGCGCGCGAAUCUAUUCCUACGAAAACACACAUUCCCAGUUGAAAGCCUGUGGACCGUGCCAGACAAGUCACGCAAGAAUGGUAAUCGCAUCCAUAUGGAGCCCAAGGCGCAAGAACAACUUUGCACUUUGAAGGAGCAAGAUGCGCUGCUUGAUCAAUACCUGGAGGCUGCAAAGAAAGCAAGGAAUUUGGACGACGUUGCUUCCCUCAAGCGCAAUCAGGAAGAAAUUCGUCAAGAAAUUGAGCGCAUCCAACAAGCAUCAGCUUAA